GAGCCCCGCCGGCCGCCGUCGCCGCGCUCUCCCCACGCCCCGCUCCGUUCCGCUCCGCCCCGAUUCAGCGCUGAGCGGAGAGCGGCUGUGCCUGGAGGCGGUGGAUAUGGCCGAUUACUGGAAGUCUCAGCCAAAAAAGUUCUGCGAUUAUUGCAAGUGCUGGAUAGCAGACAACAGGCCUAGCAUAGACUUUCAUGAGAGAGGAAAAAACCACAAGGAAAAUGUGGCCAAAAGAAUUAGCGAGAUUAGGAAGAAAAGCAUGGAAAAAGCAAAAGAAGAAGAAAACAUGUCCAAGGAAUUUGCAGCAAUGGAGGAGGCUGCAAUGAAAGCGUAUCAAGAGGAUUUGAAAAGGCUUGGAAUUAAGCCAGAUGAAGUUGGCCCCAGUUCGACGCAGAAUAAAACACUGAGUAACACAACUGAAGGUAAAGGGAAGAAGGAAAAGAAAGAAAAGAAGGAAAAGAAGGAGAAGAAAAAGAAGACACGUGAGGGCACCUCAGAGUCACCAAAGGAGUGGGUGCAAGGACUGUCACCUGAAGGCUACACUUACUACUACAAUACAAAAACAGGAGAAUCACAGUGGGAGAAACCGAAAGGAUUCCAAGGCAACUGUAAAAAUUCACACACGGGAGCAGUGUGGGUAGAAGGUGUCAGUGACGAUGGUCACACCUAUUAUUACAACACACAGACAGGAGUGUCCACAUGGGAGAAACCUGAUGGUUUUGUUUCAUCUUCAAAUGAGAACAGUCAACGUGGCAAGCAUUCUGAGGGAGCAGAUUCCGGAGCAUCUGAAUCAGACUCUGAGCAGGAAGACAGUGAAAACGAAGGACAAAGUCCGGGAACAAACAUAAAGAAGAAAGGAGAAAAUGAUGAAGAAUCAGAGAAAUCUCCCAAAGCUAAGAAGUCAGGCCCUUAUGGGAAGUGGCGGGAAGUUAAAUGGCAGGAAGUUAAAUGGCAGGAAGAAGCUGUCGACAAAGAGAAGAUUGCAUUGGCUUCCAAAGAAGCCUCCAAUGAUGAAUCUAAGACCGACAGUUAUGGAAAAUGGAAAGCAAUUAAAAAUGAAGAAGAAGAAGAGGAAACAGAUGAAAAAGUGGACCUGGAGCUUCCUAGUACAGAGAAUGACAGUGUGCUGCCUCCAGUGCUGGAUGUCCCAGAAGAAGGCACGGUGAUAUUUAAGGAGAAGACAGUGACCUCCCUUGGAGACCUGACUGAAGGGGCGCCGACGUUUAAAAAGAGGAAAUUCGAAAAUGGGAAAUCCAGAAACUUAAGACAAAGGCUGGACGAUCAGUAAUACUUCAACAUUUCAGGUUCUGAUGAAGCUGGAGAGAAUCAGAAGUUUAAUAUUUUAAACAGGCUUUUAUAAAGAAAAAUGCUGGAUGGAAACGAAGGAUUUAUAGAUAUUAAAAGAGAUGUGAGUUGUAAUAUUUUCUUAUUUUGAUGUGACUGCUUUUGGAAUGGAAGUUGGUGUUAUAUUAAUUAUGCAAUAUUGUAAAUAGAUGUAUUUUUUAUGUUAGCCACACCACCUACGCUCAGUUUGCUCCACGGAUGCUGUUUUAGAUACGUUGUGUCAGGUUUUUUUACCCCUUUUCUAAGUACGGGACAAUGUAGAAAUGCUUAAUCUGGGGGAAAUAAUGCAGACCUUUUAUUUUUACACAGAAACUGGAUCAAUGGCUUGGUCUGGAGAGUAAAGUCAUCCCUCAGCUUCAUUUAUCUGGAACCACCUCUGUUGCAGUGAAUUUCUCUAUGCUUUCAUCCUGGUUUAUUUUGCUUUGUUGUCUCUACUUGAAUUUUCUUUUUACAUGUCAAAUUUUCUUUCUUUUUGGCCUCAUUUCCUCUUUAUCUCUUUUUCUAUUAAAAAAAUUGCUUGAUAUUGUCCUGAAAAAAAAAAAAAAACAUCCAAAAGAUUUAUCCCUGCUGCUUGUUGAGGCUGAUGGUUUUCCUCUUUUGCAAGAGGAAUGAGCUGAGCAGUUGCAGACAGAGUUAGCUGAGAUGAGAGGGGCUUCAUUAUUCUGAGUGCCGUAAGAGAGGAAAACACAAGGUCAGUUUGUAGGGCUGAUGGCUGAAAUGUCCUGGCUUAGCCGCUCAGGUUUUUAGCAGUUGACUAUCUUAAGGAGUCUAAGUUUGGUUUCUUAAUCUGGUGGAACAGGUCUUCAUUAGCAUUAUCAAGAUUCAUUGGCUGCAUGAGAAGACAGCGCUACAUCCUGCUUCCCUGGGUACCAAACAGUGAGCCACAAAGGUUCCAAUCGCGCAACCAUUCAAAUACGUGUCUCCAAUUCUAAAGCUCACAGCACUUUGCUCAGGGGAGCCUCGGUCAGAAAGCAGAGUUAAGGCAGCCGGCACUGCCAGCUACAGCAAAAUACAGUUGGAAACUGCUGAACUUGAUUUCCUUGAGAAAAUGACCUCAUCUGUUGGAUCAGCUGACCCAAGAGUAGGAAUCUGAUCUAUCAUAUAUUGCAAAGGAAGCUGAGCUCCUUUCUUUUAAUUAGUUUUUUUACUCUGUGAUGGUUUUUAGUGUGUGUGUGUGUGUGUGUGGAAGAGAAUGAAGUAUUGAAUUGAAUCCUGUGUGGUUUCUUUGGCUUCUUUGUCAAGGUUGUAUUUCUUCUGAUGUUUAUUUGAGAAAUCCAAGUAUUUUCUCUCGUGUCCAGCUCUGCAUUUUCACUCAGAGGCGCAGGAUGACUGCUGGCUGCUCUCGCUUUCAUAGAUGCAGGAAUACGUGCUGCUUCUCCACGUGAAAAGAUAGAGCAGAAAUCUCCUUUCUCCUUUCCUCCUGCCUCAGCUGCACAUUGCUGGCAGGUCAAGGCUGCAUGUGAUGCCACCAGUACUUCCAUAGCGUAUUGUGAGUGAUUCCUGCUACAUCCCUUCACCACAUCUUUCUUCCACAUGAUCACAUCGUGCUGUGUGCUGCAGGUGCCCUGUGACUGACCACUACAAGCAGCUCUUUCUGCUCCUCCACCACUUCCAGCUGCUGAGGUAGCAGCUGAUCAGGCUUUGCCUUCAAGAACACUUUUUUCCUUGUGAGGUUUUUUUUCCUGCUGUGCUCAUUCUGUGCUCUUUCUUUUGCCCUGCAGUACCUGUGUUACUCCAAGCCUAAAGUAUAUUAAAUGACUUUCUUAGUAGCGCUCUUCUGUAGGCUUCUGUCCUCCAAAGAUUUCUUUCUUCAGUGAGGUUCCCAAAAUAUUAUCAUCUGUUCUCAGAGAUGUUUUGUCACGUUCAAGCUGUCAUAGGCAGUGAUUUGUGGUACCUGUAGUUAAGUUCCUUAAGGAGAUGCUGAAAAACAAUCUGAUAACACAAGCGUUCAAAACUCGCUUCCUUGAGCCGCUGUUAGCAGAUUUUCCCAAUUUGGCAAAUUUUUGUUGUUGUUUGACCCUUGUCUAAACUACUGGUGUCUUCCUCAACCUGUCUUCCUCCAGUAUUCCGAUAUAUGCAAACCUCUGUGUCACCAUCGUGCUAGCAAACACCUCCUCCUGUCCCCAGCCCUACUGAGGCCUUAGGCCGGCUCCGUGCUCUUUGGUUUCCUCCAGGAUUUGUUUUCACAGGAUAGAAUCCAUUCCACUCCUCAUUAUGGAGCUUGCAGCCCUUCCAUCCUUGUGCUUUUUGGUUCCGAGCUGUCUGUAUCCCUUCAGUUGCUGCUUUAGCCCUUUGCUCGUGGUCUGUCAGGCAUCGCCUCUGUUGUAUCCACCUCUCGAGUUGUCUCACCUUCUACCUGCUGUUUGUCCUAUGAGCCAUGAGUCAUUGCUGCGACCAACCAACUGAGCUUUGGGAUUUGGUUUGGGCUUUUCAUCACUUGUUUUACAGAAGGGGUGCAGUGUGGAACAUGGAGUCAUUCAAAGCCAUCAUUUUCUUUUGUGUUACCAGCUGUUCUCUGUUUAGAAUUCUCUAUUGCAAUGACAAAAUACUGCGAGUCUUUGAAGUGGAGUUUAUACAGAAAUACCAAAUAAAGCUUUUAUUGAAAUGA